ACAAAAUUAGAUUCCAAGUUUAAAUAUAAAAUUAUAGUUUUGUCAUUUUAUGAACGAACUAGAAGACACUCUCACUUCACCCUCACCGAUUAAAAAUAUCACAGGAUUCAUGGAUUUCAGCAUUUGCAUUUAAAUUAUUAUAUAAUAUCUUUGUUGCUUCAACAUCGCUCGUCAAAUCCUUUUGAUUAUAGUAAAGAUUUGUCUCUCAUACAAAAAAUGGACAAUUUGGGAUUGUUAUCUGGAAGCCAGUCUGUGAAAUUGACAUUUAGAUUGCCGUAUUACACUGAAUGGGGUCAGAGGGUGGUUGUUUGUGGAUCUGAACCCAUGUUAGGCUGUUGGAGUGUGAAGAAGGGACUGUUAUUGAGUCCUGUUCAUGAGGGUGACGAGCUUAUAUGGUAUGGAGCUCUUUCAGUUCCAAAUGAUUUUAGCUGCCACUAUUAUUACUGUGUGGUGGAUGAUGAGAACAAUGUGUUGAGGUCCGAGAUGGGAAAUAAGCGUAAACUGCUACUUCCCGAGGGUGUUAAUGGUGGAGAGAUGGUUCAACUCCAUGAUCUUUGGCAGACCAGUGGAGAUGCUAUUCCUUUCAGAAGUGCCUUCAAAGAUGUCAUUUUUCGCAAAAAUUGGAACUUGAAUACGGAAAGACCUCUAGGAGUACAGAACAAGGUUGACAAAGGAGAUGGAGUCCUUGUUCAUUUCAAAAUCUGCUGCCCCAAUGUGGAGGAAGAGACAUCUGUUUAUCUGAUUGGCAGCACUUCUCAAUUAGGCCAGUGGAAGGCUAAGGAUGGGCUUAAACUUAGCUAUAUGGGUGACUCAAUUUGGCAAGCAGAUGUUUUGAUGCCAAUAAGUGAUUUUCCUAUAAAAUAUCGAUACUGCAAAUACAGCAAUACAGGAAAUAUUUCUGUGGAAACUUGUCAAAAUCGGGAGCUCUAUCUUGACUCUUCAAAAGUUCCACCAAGGCAUAUUAUUCUAUCAGAUGGAAUGUUGCGGGAAAUGCCUUGGCGAGGUGCUGGUGUUGCAAUCCCUAUGUUUUCUGUUAGGUCAGAAAAUGACCUUGGCGUUGGUGAAUUUCUUGACCUCAAACUUCUUGUGGAUUGGGCUGUGGAAUCUGGAUUUCAUCUUGUUCAGCUUUUGCCAAUAAAUGACACUUCUGUGCAUGGGAUGUGGUGGGAUUCAUAUCCUUACAGUUCCCUAUCUGUUUUUGCAUUGCACCCAUUAUACCUAAGAGUACAGUCACUUUCACAGAAUCUGCCUGAGGAUUUGAAGAGAGAGAUUCAAGAAGCAAAAGAGCAACUCGAUCAAAAGGAUGUUGAUUAUGAGGCUACUAUGGCUACCAAACUUUCCAUUGCCAAAAAGGUUUUUGCCCAGGAGAAGGAUUUGAUACUCAGCUCCAAUUCGUUUCAGCAAUUUUUUUCAGAGAAUGAGGAAUGGUUAAAACCCUAUGCGGCUUUUUGUCUUCUGCGAGACUUCUUUGAAACUUCAGAUCACAGUCAAUGGGGUCGUUUUUCACAAUAUUCCAGUGAAAAGCUUGUGAAACUUUUCUCAAAAGAUAGCUUGCACUAUGACGUGAUUUGCUUCCAUUAUUAUAUCCAGUUUCACUUACAUUUGCAAUUGUCAGAAGCUGCAGAAUAUGCAAGAAAGAAAGGGGUCAUAUUAAAAGGAGAUCUUCCUAUUGGUGUUGACAAAAACAGUGUGGAUACUUGGGUCUAUCCAAAUCUAUUUCGUAUGAACACAUCAACUGGAGCACCUCCAGACUACUUUGAUAAAAAUGGCCAGAAUUGGGGUUUCCCAACCUAUAACUGGGAAGAAAUGUCAAAAGACAACUAUGCUUGGUGGCGAACUCGUUUAACCCAGAUGGCCAAGUACUUCACAGCAUAUAGGAUUGAUCAUAUAUUGGGUUUCUUCAGGAUCUGGGAACUUCCAGAGCAUGCUAUGACGGGGCUCAUUGGAAAAUUCAGACCAUCUAUCCCUCUUAGUCAGGAAGAACUUGAAAAAGAUGGAAUUUGGGACUUUGAUCGCUUGAGCCGUCCAUACAUUCUGCAGGAAUUUUUACAGGAAAAAUUUGGAGCUUCAUGGACUUUUAUUGCUGCAACUUUUCUGAAUGAGCUCCAAAAAGGACGCUAUGAGUUUAAGGAGGACUAUGACACGGAGAAAAAAAUUGCUUCGAAGCUGAAGACGUUGGCAGCAAUGUCCAUGUUGUUCGAAAGCGAGGACAAGAUACGUCGCGAUCUUUUUGAUCUUUUGAAGAAUAUAGUUCUUAUUAGAGAUCCAGAGGAUGCAAGGAAAUUUUAUCCUCGCUUUAACCUUGAGGAUACUUCAAGUUUCCAAGAUCUAGAUGAACACAGCAAAAACGUUUUGAAAAAGCUGUACUAUGAUUAUUAUUUCUAUCGGCAAGAAAAUCUGUGGCGUCAAAAUGCUAUGAAAACUUUGCCAGUUCUCCUGAACUCCUCAGAUAUGCUCGCUUGUGGAGAAGAUUUGGGCCUCAUUCCUGCCUGUGUUCAUCCUGUCAUGCAAGAAUUGGGACUAAUAGGGUUACGCAUUCAACGUAUGCCUAAUGAAAGUGAGCUGGAGUUUGGUAUUCCGUCUCGUUAUAGCUACAUGACGGUGUGUGCUCCAUCAUGUCAUGAUUGCUCGACUCUGCGAGCUUGGUGGGAAGAAGAUGAAGACAGAAGACGCAGAUUCUUCAAGAGUGUGGUGGGUUCUGAUGCAGUGCCGCCUAGUAAAUGCACUUCAGAUAUCGCAAAUUUCAUCAUAAGGCAACAUGUUGAAGCUCCAUCUAUGUGGGCAAUUUUCCCUCUUCAGGAUUUACUAGCAUUGAAAGGAGAAUACAUGACGCGCCCUGCAACGGAGGAAACUAUCAAUGACCCCACAAAUCCAAAGCACUAUUGGAGAUACCGUGCACAUGUGACUUUGGAGUCUCUAACAAAAGAUGCAGAACUGAAAUCGAGUAUUAAAGGUCUGAUUCGCGCAAGUGGAAGAUCUUAUCCUUCAGAAACUGGUGAGAAGGGAGCAUCUGUUGUCUGUGGAACAACAAAACAAUUAAAUGGAGGUCUGAGAAAGGAGAAUGCUGUUUUGUCGGUUCGUUAAUAUUCUUGAAUUACAAUAUCUGUUUUCAAUCACAGUUUAGGUAUCAGCAAAUAAACAAUUACUUGUUAAUAAGUAUGAUUUACUCUUCUAGUAAGAGCUACUUUCAUGAAGCUGAAUAUUAGUUUCUGCACUGUGAAGACAGUGAUUUUCAUUUCAUAUCUACUUAAUUUGUUGGGCGCGUUUGAAUAAAGGUAGUUAAAAGUUUUACGA